AUGCUGCAAGAUGCUUAGGUUGACCACACUGGGUACUGUAUUUGGUGGUCCGGCUAAAUCCAAUUACCCCGCAAUCUAAAGACCGUCGUUAGGGCACGGCCUGUACGCGAGGAGGAGUUCUGCACUGACAUCAUGCCAGUCUCUCUCUCAAUCAGCCUAUCCGAACCUGCCUAAUACAUCCCCUGCAUGAGUGUUAGACCGCCUCACGAGAAUCUCCACCAACCAUAGAUACCAAGGGUUAUGACUCUCCCCCGCAUCAAUGUCCGGGAAAAGUGCUGUUGCGGGUUUUGGUCGGUUGAAAUACUACCCGGGGAUGCCCUGUCUACCAUGAGACAUACUUCCCCGAAAACCUCACACCCGAAACACUGACACCUAUCCAUCACGAUGAAGUCUGCGCUUGGAGUGCUCGUUCUGGCCCUGACCACCAGCCGUGCAGUCUGCGCACCGGCGCGGCGAUCACAGGCCCUGUUGAAGAAGUUCUCUUCGCUGGUGAUCUUCGGUGACAGCUACACCGAUGACGGCGUCUAUUCGUACACCCCACCGGUGGCAGCGCAGUCAACCGACGAAUGGGACGGAGGCCGCGCAUGGCCGAGUUACGUCCAGCAGUACACGGGGAUCAACCUCUACGACUACGCCGUGGCAGGCGCGGUCUGCGACUCCGUGGAGGCCGACACCUCGCGCAACGGGGUGAAACAGGACCAGCUCCCCAAGUUCCUCGCCGACAAUGAGUAUGUCAACAAGACCACCGGCCAGACCGCCCUCAUCAACCGACCCGCCGAGACCGUCUACGCGAUCUGGAUUGGCACCAACGACCUGGGGCCCGGCAGCUUUCUCACCGAGGAGCAGCCCGCCGGCAUGGCAUUGACCUACUUCACCGACUGCGUGUAUACCCAGCUCGAUCGACUGCACGCCGCCGGCGCCCGCAACUUCGUCCUGAUGAACCUCGUCGCCCUCGAGCUGGCCCCGGAAUACGCCACCCCGCAGAACGGGGGCCUCCCCACGGGGGAGUACUGGACGGACAAGUCCACGUACGACCCGAACAUCACGCAGUCGAGCGAGAAGAUGCGCCAGUACUCGACGCUGGUGAACGCGGUGUUCAACUAUCAGACGCCGUACGAGGUGCAGAUCGCCCAACGGUAUCCGCAGAGUAGCUUUGCGCUCUAUGACACGCAUGCUUUGACGACGGAUAUCUGGGAGAACCCGUCCCAGUACCUGAACGGCACUGCGCCGCUCAACGUCACCAGCUCGAUCUAUCGGUGUGGCUCCGCCUGCAGCUCGAGUGCGGUCCGGGACAGCUAUAUGUGGUGGAACGACCUCCAUCCGUCCGAGCAGACGGAUCGCAUCAUUGCGCGGGAGUUUGUGAAUGUGGUCAAGGGACAGAGCAAGUGGGCCAAGUAUUGGAGAAGCUGA